UUAAUAUUAUAUUUUUUUAAAUACAUAGGAUUGGAAUUGAAUAAACAAUUAGAAGGUUGGUUAAAUGCUGCAGACUUAUCACAUGGACCUGCUAGGGCAAUAAUUGCCCCACAUGCAGGUUACAGCUAUUGUGGAGCAUGUGCUGCUUUUGCAUACCGCCAGAUUAGUCCUGUAGUUGUGCGUAGAAUUUUUAUUCUUGGUCCAUCACAUCAUGUCAGAUUAGCAGGCUGUGCUCUUUCCUCUGCUUCGAUUUAUCAAACUCUUUUGUAUGAUCUACAUAUUGAUCAGCAAGUGUAUAGAGAACUUGAAGAAACUAGACAUUUUGAAUGGAUGGAUUUAAACACAGAUGAAGAAGAACAUAGUAUUGAAAUGCAAUUGCCAUUUAUUGCAAAAGUUAUGGAAGGGUUUAAAGAUUCUUUUACAAUAAUUCCUAUAUUAGUGGGUUCAUUAAGUCCAGAAAAAGAAGCACUUUAUGGAAGAUUAUUAGCACCAUAUAUGGCUGAUCCACAGACAUUAUUUGUUAUAUCUUCAGAUUUCUGUCAUUGGGGUCAGCGAUUUCGCUAUACCUAUUAUGAUAGAUCCUGUGGUCCUAUUCAUAGAUCUAUUCAAAAUCUUGACAAAAUGGGUAUGGAUAUUAUUGAAACAUUAAAUCCCACAAUGUUUAAUGAUUACCUUAAAAAAUAUGGCAAUACAGUAUGUGGUCGACAUCCUAUUAGUAUUCUUUUACAGGUAAUUCAUAGUUUAAAAGGAAAUACUAAUGGUCAAAGAAUGAAUUUGAAGUUUCUUAAAUAUGUUCAAAGCAACCAGUGCAAUAAUAUGAAUGAUAGUUCUGUUAGUUAUGCCAGUGCUUCCUUAGUUCUUGAGUGAUACAAUAUAUUUUCAUUGUUACUCGAAGAAUUUGCAGAAAGAAAGAAAGUAUUAAAAAAAUAAAAAAAAAAAAAGAUAUUUAAAAAAAGAAACAAAAAAAACGGCAGUAAUAAUCUAUUAAUCAUAAAAAAUAUUAAUUAUAAUUUUUUAAAAUUUUGUUUUAUAUUUAAAAAACAUUUAAAAUCAAGUUACAAUUUGCUAUUAUAUGGUAUGGAAUUUUCUCAAUGGUUUGAAAAAGAAUAUUAUUAAUUUGUUAAUGAAUGUGAUGAAUAGAAAUGUACUAU